GUCCCAGAACCUCAGAGCCAAUGGAGCUCCACGUAGUGGAGACCGACGGCAUCCCGGAAGGCUGUGUGCUCUCUGUGCGGGCUGGUGCUACCCGCCGGCAGGCCCCCGUCUCUUCGGACCGGCCAUUCCGUUUCAACUGCACCGCGGCAGAAGCCACGCCCUUCAAGGUGGAUGUGCUAGAGCCAGUAGCCACGGCCCGCCUGAUCCUUCGGCCAG